AGCUGCACUGGGACAGAUUUACGCCUGACGGAUCUUUUUUUUUUAUUUUUUCAUUCCGUAUCCAUGAACACACCAGUCCGCCCUCCAGGAGCCACUCUAGGACGGCGUGGUCGCGUCAAUGAAGUGUGAAGACGACACGGGGAGCCCGGUGUACCCGGGAGGACCGAUGAUUUGGUCCAAAUAAACACUUUAUUUUUUUUUUUCUUCCUCGUCGCCGGAGAGGGAAACUUGAAACGAGGCUGAGUUUUUUUUGGGAGUUCCACCUCCCCUCCUCUCUCCCCGUAGGAUUUGAUUCAAAGGCGAAAACCAAGAUGGCCGCCGAUUCCGUGCAGGGGGAUGCCAGGGGCCAGCUGGUGGCGGAGCGACUCGGUCUGGGACACAACCUGGACCUGUCCGACACGAUGGUGCAACAGAAGCUCGAUGAGAUCAAGGAGCAGAUCCGACGGGAGAUCCGGAAGGAGCUGAAGAUCAAAGAAGGCGCAGAGAAUCUCCGAAAGGUAACAACGGACAAGAAGAGCCUGGCUUAUGUUGACAACAUGCUGAAAAAGUCUAACAAGAAGGUUGAGGAGCUUCACCAGGAGCUGCAGGAGCUCAACGCCCACAUAGUGGUCAAAGACCCUGAGGAACUGCUAGAAUGCCCUUUGACCCCAGACACGCCCAACAGUGAGGCGAGAAUGUGCACCAGCAGCAGCCGCCUCGCCGCACUGAAAAGACAGAACGAUAUUGAGCUCAAGGUCAAGCAGGGUGCAGAGAACAUGAUUCUGAUGUACUCCAACGGGCCCUCCAAGGAUCGUAAGUUGCUAGCGACCGCACAGCAGAUGCUUCAAGACAGCAAGACCAAGAUAGAGUUCAUCAGGAUGCAGAUCCUCAAGGCCAGCCAGGCUAGCGAGCUGAGCUUCGAUAACAACGAUGUGAUGGACAAGCCCAUCAUCAGCCCGCUGGACCUUCGGGUGGAGGAGCUGUGUCACCACGCCAAGAUAGAGUCCGCCGUGGCGGAGGGAGCCAAGAACGUCAUGAAACUCCUGGGCACCGGAAAGGUUACAGAGAAGAAAGCCCAUUCAGAGGCCCAGGCUCGUUUCAAUGAGUCCAGUCAGAAGCUCGACCUCCUGCGGUAUUCCUUGGAGCAACGCCUCAACGAGUUGCCUAAAAACCACCCUCGCAGCAGCAGCAUCGUGGAGGAGUUGUCCCUGUUGUCCUCGCCGGUCCUCAGCCCCAGAUCCAGCAUCAUUGCCACGCAGAACCAGUACAGCACGGUGACCAAGCCAGCUGCCCUCACAGGCACAUUGGACGUGAGGCUCAUGGGCUGUCAGGACCUUCUGGAGAACGUGCCCGGUCGUUCCAAAGCUGCAUUUGUCCCGCUGCCCGGCUGGAGCCCCAGCGAGACGCGCUCGUCCUUCAUCAGCCGAGCGAACCGGAACCGCGGCGUGAGCUCACGGAACCUGACGAAGAGCGAGGAGCUCUCCAAUGAGAUCAGCGCCGUGUUAAAGCUGGACAACACGGUGGUCGGCCAAACGAGCUGGAGGUCGGUCAGUAACCAGGCCUGGGACCAGAAGUUUACAUUGGAGCUGGACCGGUCCCGUGAGCUGGAGAUCUCGGUGUACUGGCGCGACUGGCGUUCGCUCUGCGCCGUCAAGUUCCUGCGACUGGAGGACUUCCUGGACAACCAGCGUCACGGGAUGUGUCUGUACCUGGAGCCCCAGGGGAUGCUGUUUGCUGAGGUGACUUUUUUCAAUCCCGUCAUUGAGAGACGGCCAAAGUUGCAAAGACAAAAGAAGAUUUUCUCGAAGCAGCAAGGUAAAACCUUCCUGCGAGCCCCUCAGAUGAACAUCAACAUCGCCACCUGGGGCCGCCUGGUGAGAAGAGCCAUACCGACAGUCAGCACCAACUCCUUCAGCCCGCAGGCGGCAGAGUCCGGGCAGAGCAGCCUCCCCGGUUCACCGACGCCCUGCAGUGACCCACUGGUGACCAAGCUGGACUUUGACAAAGAGCCGACCCCAGGACCCAAACACUACACGGCACCCGACGACAUCCGAGAACCGCUGGUCCAGGACAAGCUGCCGGACAAAGAGGAGGAACAGGAUGCGCUCGCCUCCUUUGACUUCUUGAACAAGAGGAACAGCAUGGCGGUGAAGCCGGACCAGGACGGACUGCUGGAGCAGGAGAUGCAGCAGCCGGACCUGGAGCUCAUCGCCAUCCCCAAAGGCUCGGAAAUAAGGGAAGAAGAUCCGUUCCACUUCAGCCUCCAAGACUUCAAAUGUGUGGCGGUCCUCGGACGUGGUCACUUUGGAAAGGUGUUGUUGGCAGAAUACAAAAGCACAGGAGAGAUGUUUGCUAUCAAAGCGCUGAAGAAAGGAGACAUCGUGGCUCGCGAUGAGGUGGACAGUCUCAUGUGCGAGAAGAGGAUCUUCGAGGCUGUAAACAGCGUCCGCCACCCGUUCCUGGUCAACCUGUUUGCGUGUUUCCAGACGCAGGAGCAUGUUUGUUUUGUCAUGGAGUACGCUGCGGGAGGCGACCUAAUGAUGCACAUCCACGCUGACGUGUUCUCCGAGCCGAGGGCCGUAUUUUAUGCAGCCUGCGUCGUAUUGGGAUUACAGUUCUUACAUGACCAUAAGAUCGUGUACAGAGAUUUGAAGCUGGAUAACCUCCUCCUGGACACAGAGGGCUAUGUCAAGAUUGCUGACUUUGGGCUUUGCAAAGAAGGAAUGGGCUUCAAGGACCGCACCAGCACGUUUUGUGGCACGCCUGAGUUUCUGGCUCCUGAGGUUUUGACCGAAACGUCGUACACUCGCGCUGUGGAUUGGUGGGGGCUGGGUGUCCUCAUCUUUGAGAUGCUUGUUGGGGAGUCGCCCUUCCCCGGUGACGACGAGGAGGAGGUGUUUGACAGCAUCGUCAACGAUGAAGUCCGCUACCCACGAUUCCUCUCGACCGAGGCCAUCUCCAUCAUGAGGAGGCUUUUGAGAAGGAAUCCAGAAAGACGACUGGGGGCAGGAGAUAAGGACGCCGAGGAGGUGAAGAAACAUCUAUUCUUCAGGAACAUGGAUUGGAGCGGACUGUUGGCCAAGAAGGUGAAGCCGCCCUUCGUGCCGACCAUUCAGGGCGCCAACGACGUCAGCAACUUUGACGACGAAUUUACCUCAGAGGCUCCCAUCUUAACCCCGCCCAGGGAACCCCGACCGCUGAACUCGGACGAGCAGCACAUGUUCUCUGACUUUGAUUACAUCGCUGACUGGUGUUAGCUUCAUGUACUUUCACCCUCAAACACACACACUGUGAACCAACCAACCAACACAGCAAUGGCUGUAGCUCACAUCAGUUUUAAAGCCCAGAAUGUUGAGGAGGAGGAGGAGGAGGAGCGACGAGUGCGGCGGCUCCCCCGAGCCUUUGAGGCAAAACUCUGUGCCAUUGAGAAGAAAGUCCAGCAGCCUCUAGAGGACCCCCACUUAUUUUUUUAAAUCUAUAUGAAGUUUUUUUUUUUUUAAACAAAACAAGAAGAAAAAAAGUCUGUUGUUGGAGAAUGAACGAGGAGCGCUUCUUCCUUCCUGCACACUUGGUCGUUGUGUCCAUUGUCUGACCACUGAGAAUGUUUUUCAUAAGAACUCUUGAGCAGACAGCAACAUCACAACCAUGUUAUUCAGUGUCCUUGUCGUCAGUUUU